AUUAAAAAAAUUAAAUAUAUAUAUUUAUAUUUUAAAUUAAAAGAUAUCAAAUUAUAUUAUGAUUUAAGUAGUUAAAAGAUUAUAUAUUAGCAUUAAAGAAAUAUAUUUAAUAAAAAAUUUAAAUGAUGAUCCAAAUAAAAAUAUCACACAUGAAUCAAGGUGAGUUUGCAUGUUAACCAAUCCGGGUUUUUAGGAGUAGAUGUUAUAUUAGGAAUGAUAUAUUAUUAAUCCGUAUUAUUAGUAAUAAAUGAAUGAUAACUGAUUUCUAGUUAGAGUUCAUUUUUUAAAAAAUCACACAUGAAUCAAAGUUGUGACUUCUGUUUUAAUAUAUAAGAUUUCUAGUUAGAGUUCAUUUUUUUUUAAAAAUCACACAUGAAUCAAAGUUGUGACUUCUGUUUUAAUAUAUAAGAUAUGUAGCAAGUGAUGAGGCACGAAUCGGAUAUCCAAAUCCUUGGAAGUAUUCGUGAUCCAGUCCAUAAUAAUUAUUUGAUUUGUUUUGAUCUGUUUUUACUUGAAUAUCCGAAAAAAUUUAGUUUUUUUUUACUGGAUAUCCGAUUCGAUCCGUAAAAUUAAAUAAAAAUAAUAAAUCCAAAAUAAUACUCCCUCUGUUUCUAUUUAAUUGUCGUUGUAGAGAAAAAAUUUCGUUUCGAAAUAAAUGUCGUUUUAGAGUUUCAAUGCAAAAUUUAUUAAUAAGAUUAUCCACUUUAUUUUUCUAUUGGUUGAAAUAUGGUUAUGUAUAUAGGUAAUUGUGUUUUUAUUUUGAAAAUAUACAAAAUCAUAUGUUUUAUUAAUCUUUGUACAUUAACCUAGAACGAAAAUUAAAAUGUAACGGAAAUAAUACUCCCUCAGUUUCACUUCAUUUGUCGUUUUAAGUUUAUGCACACAGAUUAAGAAAACAUUUAAUUUUGCAUAUUUCCAAAAUAAAACCAUCAUUAUCUACACACAUAACCAUAUUUCAGCCAAUAGAAAAAUAAAAUAGAGAAUAUUGUUAUUAAAUUUUGCAUUGAAAGCAUAAAACGAUACUUAAAAUGAAACAAAAUUUUAACUCUAAAACGACAAAUUAUACGAAACGGAUGGAGUAAGUAAUACUUUAUUACAAAAUUCAAAUUUUAUUUACUUUUUAAAAUUUCAAAUAUAAUAUAAUAAAUUUAGUAAAUAAAAAUAUUAUGAAAUUUAUAUAAAUAUAAUUUUUUUAUAUAUAAUUUUUUAAUAUAUUUAUAUAUAUGCAUAUAAUAGAUCAGAUCAGAUAUUCAUUUUUAAAUAUUCGUAUUUUUUGUUUGCUUAGUUUUGUAUGGAUAUUGCAUAUUAGUUUUGCUUUGUGUUGUAGAGUUACGGAAGUCCAAAUUUUUCGAUUAAAAUCGGUACAAAUAAUGAAUGAAAUCAAAAUUUAAUGAUAUUUCGCUCAGCCCUAUUUGCAGUAUUGGUUUAUGUUUUUGUGUUUCCAACCUGCCAAAAUAUUAUACUCUCUUUGCUUGUUGUUGCUACGAUCAAUGGUCGGAGUGUCGGUUAUGGUCUGCUAGUUUUCAAAGUUUUUACAUAAACAAAAGAAAUAUAUAUGAAUUGAUGAUGGCCGAUCGACGAUAACGAUGGUUGAUUGGCGAUGCCUUCUUGCUCACGAAUCUUGGGCAAGUUCAUAGUUCUGAAUAUUUUAAUCAAUUUUUUUGUCAAAUAUUUUAAUCAAAUUUACAUUCGAAAUUGUAAUGAAUGAGUUUUUCCUUUGUUCUGAUAAAUCAUAAUUUCAUGACAUUUUAGGGAAAAUCGCAUUUUUAACCUUCAAAGUGACACUUUCUAACACUUUAAACCUCCAACCUUUUUCACUGGCACUUCAAUACUUCAACCCUCAAAACUUAUCAUAUUAAACCUUGAAGUCAUUUCCCGCGCUUAAGCCUCCAGGCGAUUUGACGGUAAUGUUCACGCAGUUAUCCUCACUAAAAACGUGUGUCGUUUUUUUAAUUAAAAAACACCAGAUACAUUUUUUUAUCUUUUUUAUCUGUUCUAAAUCGAAUUGGGGAUCUAGGGUUUACUCAAAAUCAAAAUCAAAAGGAGAAAGCUCGAUACUUGGCGACGAGUAAGAGAUUCGAACAGAGUAAGUCGUCUCAAUUGAUUUGUUAAGCAUCUUAGUAUAGCAAGUUGUUUCUGGGCUUUGUUUUUCACUUCGUAAAUCAUGUAUAUGUGUAGAUCGCGAUAAUUGUCUGAGUUAGAAUUGGUUUCACUUCGUGAAUCAUGUAUAUCAAGUUGUGUAGAAGCUCGUUUACAUGUUUAUAUCAGAUAAUGGUGUUGUAUAUGUGUAGAUGGCACACAGUUCAAGUUCAUCAAACGUUGUGUACAAAAACGAAAAAGGUGUGGUUUGCAAUUGUAACUGCUUAGCAAACGUUGUUCAAGCUUGGACUGAUGACAAUCCCGGGAGGAGGUUCUAUAGCUGCGAAAAACGCAAGACUGGAGAUGAAUAUGAUUGUUGUAACUUUUUUCAGUGGUAUGAUGUUGAGAAGCCUCAUGGAUGGCAGCGUGAUGCAUUGAUUGGUGCUAGAAAUGUUAAUCGCCAACAAAGAGAGGAGAUUAAGAGUCUGAGGAACAAGAUAAGAGCACUUAGGGAAAACAUGGGACCAAAUUCAACAGAUUUGAAGGAAAAAACUGAAGCAUGUGACGCAUGUGAAGGGCUCAAAAGGGAGGUGCUGAUACUAAACGAGAGGAGCAGAGUGUAUCGCAAUGUUCUCAUAACGUCAUCAGUUGGAUUCACUGUUGUUCUUGGUGUUUUCAUUGGUGUGUUGAAGUGGUAGAAGGUUAUUCAAAGUUGUUUGAUGAUUUUAUGACUAUGUUAUGACUAUGUAAGCUAUUUGAUGUUAUGACUAUU